AUGCCAGUUCCGGGAUAUAUGGUGUUCCUAUUUGCAGCCGUUGCUGUGUCUGUAUUAUUGGGACACAAGCAAUUGGUUGCAUUCUACAAAAAAGCGUUACCUUGUCAGAAACCUCAAGCCAAGGAGAAAAGUGGAUAUGGGACUCUUGAUCAAGUGCCUGAACCCACACCUCUUAUGAUAACUCCAGAGCAGGUAAAAAACUACGAUGAUCGGCCCUGGAGGCCGUUCAGAUGGCCUUAUCACCAAACGAUGUCAAUUUUCAAGUUGGAUAUCAACCAUUGGCUCGACAUGGAUAAAUACUACUGGCACUAUAUUGAGGAAAAAAGAAGAAUAUGGUUCAAGUACGGAAAGGAAAAUAUCGAUUGUCUUCCAGAAGGAGAAGAUGCAAGCAUGGAACUCAUGGAGACCGUGGUGGAUCACCUCUUGAAGAGGUAUCCUCUUUUGUUCACUGUGUUAGAAGACAAGAAGGAGAACGGACGGGUGAUUAGAAACGAAUUGACCAAAGAAGUGUUGGAUAUGAGAUUACCUUUAAAGGAAUCACCACUUUUAUAUGUGACAAAGUUGGCCAAAGAAGACUUUUAUGUUGUCAAAAAGAACCCGGAGGACGGAAAGCACUACUUGGUGGCUGCUGCGGUUCCAUUUCCCGGUGGAUCUUUUGGUAUCGAUUCGAAAAUCGGCCAUCAUAUCGACACUAUUCACGAAGAUGUUCCCUACUACAAAGAAAAGUUGCAAAAGUCGAUGGAAAGAUGGUUUCAUAGAAUGAAGGUUGGUGAGCCAGUGGAAAGAGCGUCGUGGUAUAUUACGUGGGACCACAAGCUCAAGUUGAAUAAUGUGUACCAAUUGCCCAAGUACCAACCCAAUUUGGCGGCUGACUUGAAGUCCACCGAACCAAGACAAUUUAAUGUUCGAGUCGAAAGACAAACCCUUAGAAGGUUACCCAAGACCCAAGCAAUCAUCUUCACCAAUCACCCGGUUUUUUAUUCAAUUGAGGAGAUGAAAGAUGAACCACUUGUUCCCUCGCUCUUGAAGAAAAUCUUGUACGAAGGUCCUGAACAGAUUAUCAAGUACAAAAAUUUCGAGAGUUUCAGAGACCAUAUCAGUGGAUACCUCGAUGAGUUGAUCAAUCGUCAACUAGAGUUGGGAAUAAUUACUCCAGAAACUCCACUCAAGACUCUCCCCACAUAUCCAUUUGCGCACUUUGUGGAAACCGACUUUGACUAUGUCAAUGGCUGGACAAACCCCAGUCCCGCUUAUGACAAGAGCAAGAACUACUCCGAGGAGGCCAAGAAGGAACUUACACACCCCAACGAUUAG